AUGUCGUAUCCCAGUUCGUAUAAUGCUCGUCGAAAUUAUGGAACAGGUCGUGGUGUAAAUCGACAGAGUUAUUCAAGAAAUCACGGUAAUUCAUAUCAACACAACCAGAAUAGCUAUGGUGGACAUAAUUCAUCGCUCGCUGACGAACAACAUCGUUUAGUUUAUCAAGGAAAAGAUGAACUUUUUGAUAAAAAGAAAACUUUUCCAAUGAUUGGCCCACUUAAGGAUAAAUCAUUAUUGUUAUCUCAGAAUCUUUUCAAAACUGAUCGAUGGGAUAUUGAACAAUUAAUUAAAUUAAAACAGAAACUUAAUGCUACACGGAAUUGUUUAAAUGAAAAAGAUAUUAAAGUGUGGAAACAACUUACAUCGAAAACAAAUAUGACGGGACGUAUUGUUUGGUCGUUGCGAGAUCAAAAUCGCAUUGAAAUGUGUACAAAUGCAUGGAUUAAAAUGGCUGAGAUAUUUUCUAAAUAUGAUAAUCUGAUUCCAAAAGAUUUUCCUGAGGACUCAUCAUUUCGAAGUGUGCAUGUCUGCGAAGCACCGGGUGCUUUUAUAUGUGCAACGAACUUCUACUAUAAUAAACGGUUGGAACGAAGAGGUUUCUGUCCAUUGCAACGUCAAUGGGAAUGGACAGGUCUUUCUCUUAAUCCUUAUUAUGAAGGCAACGAUCAAGAGGCUAUGGUUGAUGAUGAUCGAUUUAUAAUUGAAACGUUGGAUAGAUGGUAUUUCGGUAUAGAUAAUAGCGGAAAUAUUUUAGAUGCAAAUAAUAUUAAAGGUUUAUGGAAAAGAGUUCGGUCUGAUUCGAGUUCGCGUGGUGUUCAUCUUGUAACAGGUGAUGGCUCUGUCGAUACAUCAGCUGAUCCCAAUGAACAAGAAUCAAUUGUAUCAGAGCUUCAUUACGCCGAAGCUGUAUGUGCUCUAGGCGCUUUAGCAACAGGUGGUUCAUUAGUAUUGAAAAUGUUUAAUUUAUUUGAAUGUGAAACAAUAUGUCUUCUGUACAUAUUGGCUCUCCAUUUCAAAGAAUUAAGUGUGUUUAAGCCAGCAUCAUCACGUGCACCGAAUGGUGAAACAUACGUAGUUGCACUUGGAUUUCAUGGUAUCGAUUCCGAAGUACUUCAUUCUUUACUUUCAUUUGUUUCCCCUAAAUUUCCGUCUGGGAAAGCUCUAUUAUCACGCGAUUCAAUACCACAAUCGUUUCUUGAUGCUCUGAUUGAAAUUACGGAUUAUUUUACGACGAAACAAAGCCAAGCUAUUGAACGUAACCUUGAAUUGGACAGAAUAUGGAAUCGAAAUAUUCAGCAAGCUAUAUUUCAAUUAAAUCAAGAUGUUGUUAAAGAAUUUCGACGACUCUGUUUCAUUGAUUACCGUUGCCAACAGUCAGUGCGCAUUGUAAAUAACGUUGAGCUCGACGGGUCAGCCAAAGCAUUAGGUAAUAGUGCUGCAGUUGUUAAAGGUGGAUUACGUCAGCGAGCAGGUGGAACACUUGGUGAUAGGCAAACGAGAAAGCGUGACCGAGAAGAGUUUUUAUCAAGCACCAAUAUCGCAAAAGAUGAUAGUUACGCAGAAGACGAAGAAAAAAACAGGAAAAAAGUCAAUUUAGGACAUGGAAAAACAGUCAUUUUGGGACGAAAUAUAGCAAAAGUAUCCACUACAAUUGAUACUAAUAAUGAAGUAGAGAUAGAUUCGUCUAUUGGUCAAAAACCCGAAUCUACCAAUGAAUCAAAAGCAAUGAAAAUGAUGAAAAUGCUAGGUUAUGUAGAUGGACAGGGCUUGGGUGCGCAAGGUCAAGGACGAGCGACACCAGUAGAAACUAUUAUGCACAAUACUCGUCUUGGGUUAGGUCAUCAUUAUCAACCAUCGAUCAAUUCAUCUUCAUCUUCAGGCCCGCCCAUUGUUACAGACGAACCAUUAUUUUCAAGUUAUGAUCAAUCUAUAGCAGCUAGUUCAUCUUCUCUUACAUUGAAUCAUAAAUCAAUCACUAUCGGCCUCAAUUUGCGUUCCGUUUUAUCAUCACUUUUCGUCAAAUUUGUUGAUCUGGAAUCGCUAUAUAAGAAACGUGAAGAAUAUAUUUUCAAGAUUACAUCCGAUCAUUUAACAGAACCAAAAACUUUUAUUAGUGAUCAACUUGACCUGUUAAACAAAGAAGAACGAUUUAGAAAUAUCCACGGAAUUUAUACUAAUUUUAAAAAUGCAUUUCAGUUGGCAUCACUCGACAAAAUAUUUCACUUGACAUCAGUGACUGCAAAUAAUUCAUCGACUCUGACAUUCAUCAUUGACAAUCAAUCUUUAAGUGGUUUUGCUGAAUAUCUGGUUUGGCAACAAGGAAAUCAAGUGCGUGGUCUGGUCGUUUCUGCUUUGAAAGAUCCGUGCCCAAUCUCUUCAUCUGUUAUUUACAAGACUCAACUUGAUCAAAAUCAUUCUAAAGUUCAUUUGUUGUUUUCGGAUGUCUCUAUUUUACCGACUAAUGUUAAAAUUAAUAUGCGCUAUACCGAACAAUAUAAUAAGCGUCAGUUAAUUAUUUCAUGUCAACGUGCAUUAGCUCUGUUGAAUGAUGGUGGUCAUUUUGUAUGUAAAAUAUUAGAUACUUUAACACGUUUUACAGCUGGUCUUAUUUAUUUACUCUAUCGUUCAUUCAAAUCGAUCUCUAUUCUACGUCCAUUUACUCUCAAUCCAGCAAGUUCUGAACGCUUUAUAGUUUGCCGCGAAUUAAAAUAUCCUGUUCACAAAUCACUCAUUCAACAUCUUGAUAAUUUAUUAAAAUAUGAAGCAACAGAAAAUAUUUUAGAAGUUGUACCUUUGAGUUGUUUACUUGAACCACAAUUUCAACAAUAUUUGGCUGAUACGAGUCAACGUUUAUUACAACGAGAAAUUCAAGCAUUAGACAAACGUUUAUGGCAUAUUGAUCAUCAAUAUGAUGAACAGAUCGAUCUUGUGAUCAGUGAAGAACAUUGGGAAGAAGCACAUGAAUGUGUCACAGUUCAAUGUCGACCUAAAGCGCCAGUUGUUGAACCGGAUUCUGGCAUACAAUUACCCAUUGGAUGGACAAAAGAAUGGAGUAAAAGAGAAGAAAAAUUUUAUUAUUUUAAUACGAAUACGAACGAGUCUCGCUGGGAACCACCAACAUAA